CACGUCAAAAGGAGUGCAAGUUCCACAUUUCCAGUUGAAAUCGUAAGCUCAUAACUAUGUCACUCAGCUGCGAUACCGCAUAUCGCGGAGUUCAAUGAUACUACGUCACGUUCGAAAGAAGUAUUUAUAUUUUGAUUUUAAACUUCCCAGUUGUUCCAAGCGGAGAUCAUCUGAUUUCGCUCGUCGACGAAAUUUCCUACGUUUCGCCACCUUCCCCCAUGUUGUCCCAAAUCGAAGACAUCCCUCCGGAGCAGUUCUGCAACGGUGACAACCGUCCCCCAGACUGUGGACCAAACUGUAUGUGCACCCACACCGUAGACAUCCCGCUGAAUGCGAUCGUAGAAGUUGUUCUGGUUGAUGAAGUCCAACAAGACAAUUUGAGUCAUCCGUUCCAUCUGCAUGGUCACGCCUUCAACGUGGUUGGUAUGGGUCGUUCACCGGAUACGAGCGUGAAGAAAAUCAACCUGCGACAUGCCCUCGAUCUGGAUCGCCGCGGUCUGCUCAACCGACAGUUCAAUCUACCCCCGAUCAAGGAUACCAUCGCCGUACCGAAUAACGGAUACGUUGUACUCCGGUUCAGAGCUAACAAUCCAGGUUACUGGCUGUUCCAUUGUCACUUCCUGUUCCACAUCGUGAUUGGCAUGAACCUGAUCGUUCACGUCGGUUCUCAGGCCGAUCUGCCCCCAGUGCCACCAAACUUCCCCCGGUGCGGUAAUCACAUACCUCCGAUCAAGUACCAAUGAAAUCGAAGGAGCGCUCUGGACCCAAUCGUCGCUAGGGAUUGUUAAUAACAAAUCUGAACAUCAUCCAUGCGCGCACAUUAGCGUUGUAGUGUAGUGUAAUUCUCCAGUGUAAAGUGUAUACGUAAGCGCUUGUUAGUCGUAGUUUAGUUGAUGCAUACAGAGUAUCAGGGCCAAUAUGUUUCGAUUUGUCACAAGCACCGGAAACGAAACCGUUAAAACAAUGGGUCUUCUAGCGAUAGUGUAGUCAAAUUUUUAUUGAAUUUAAAUAAUUGCGGCAGCGUGAAAAUCGUGUAAAUCAACAUAGAAUAGUUGGAUUUAAGAUGAUACGUUACCAAAAAAGCAAUAGCCGCCAAAUACUACCAUUUCGAACAACAUCGAAAGUUCAAGAUUGGCAGAUUCUUGAUAACCUACCAAAAAUGAACUGCGAAUAAACACUACACAACAGUGUCAGGCAGUUAGCAACACUUGUGCCGUUGUUUAGUUGUUUUCAGUUAGAAUUCUCUCCGAAUGAUAUUAUUUUCAAUCACGAAGAUGAUCGUCGAAUAAAAGCAAUCCUUCAGAUUUGUAUUGCCACAAUCGAUUCUCUACAUCAUUUGCUCAAUAACCACUUCGGUUAACAUUUAUUCCAAUUGCCCAAUGCGACAUGAAAGCCUCUAAAACAGAACCCGAUCUGUUUGCUGCUAGUGUUAUAUGUUUGUUAAGCCAUUAUGUUACAUGUAGACGAUUGAAACCAAAUGACACGAGAGACCAAAACCGCAACAUUCCACGCGACUCGAGCAAAGGCUGGACUUCCGAUAUUCCCACUUCGACGCACACUUCUCGUUCAACGUUCAAAUCGCUCAUCUCUAGAGGAAAAUCUAAUCUAAUUAUAAUCACGUUUGGAAUUCUCAAUAAAUCAUCGAAAUGCUUUGUAAAGACUAAAAAAAAUAAUGUUAAACGCUUCCAAUGACCAGUAUAAAAAAACCUAUAGAAGUAUUACCGGAACCAAGCAGAUUGAGGACAAACAAUGUUUUCUAUAUCUGAGAAGAAAACAGUGCGAUGUAAAAUAGAAGAAGAUUGGAUUAAAGUUGUAAUAUGUACCUUGGGAACGUGUUUGUGAUAUGGUUUGUUUGUGCUCUCGAGAAGAGUUAUCUCACUCGUGUUCGUAUUUAUAACUGAUAAACUUCAAAUAUGUGUGAUUACCAAUAAAGAUAUUUGAGUUUGGGAAAAAUAAAA